ACAAGCAACCAGCUCAAAUCCCUUGGAUAGGAAGUUCAACGACCAGGAAAUCUUGAAGAGGGAGAAAGUGUGCGUUUUACCCUAUCAACCAGCGUAUCGAGCGAAUAAACCAGUGGAGAAUAACCGUUUCGAGCGCGGCACGCACCGUGAGAUUCUUUUGCCGCUCCCUCCCCCUCAACACCCCUCUCUCCAACACCCCGUCCGCCAAAGAUGAUAAACUGGUAUCGCACUGCCCUGACCAAACGUCCCGUCCUAACCCAAUGCCUCUCAACAUCCUUCCUCUUCGCUGCCGGCGACGUAAUCGCCCAGCAAGCCGUCGAGCAGCGGCACGGCGACGGUCCUCGAACGCACAACCCGUACCGCACUCUGCGCAUGGCCAUCUACGGUGGCGGCAUAUUCGGCCCCCUCGUAGUGAACUGGUACAAAUUCCUGCAGACGGCAGUGCGCAUCCCCGCCUCACCUCGCUUGGAGAUCGUGUCGCGUGUGGCGCUGGACCAGACGGUGUUCACACCCGUUCACCUCACGCUCUUCUUCUCCAGCAUGGCCACGAUGGAGGGGCUCAUGGGUGAUGACGGGAGGGAGGUGGGGACGGGGGAGAGGGUCAGGAAGAAGCUGGGGGACAAUUGGCUGCAGGGGUUGAAGGCGAAUUGGACGGUCUGGCCGGGGGUCCAGUUGGUGAAUUUUGGGUUCGUGCCGCUGGAGCAUAGGGUUCUGGUGGUCAACCUUGUGAGUCUUGGUGAGUGCUGCUGCGCAUGCGUAUCAUGGGAUAGAUGGAUGGAGCGAGUGCUGAUGGUGUGUCGGUUAGGAUGGAACUCGUAUCUGAGCUACUUGAAUCAGCAGGGGAAGAAGGGUGGGAAGAAGGAUGGAGAGAAGGAAGUGCUGUGAUGGGUGGAUGGAAGGGUAGACUUACUCGCACUUGGGAGGAUGGGUUCGCACACCGGCUUGGUAUGAUAGGGUAGGCGCAAUGGAUGGCAGGAGCAAAGUUUAAGGUAUCCUAGAGCAUAGAUUCCCUUCACACUCGACCGGUAGAAUAAAACACUAUGAUAUACUUUCC